AUGAAGAUUCAGGCUUUCCUUAUCGGAGCCUUUGCGGCCCUCGCCAUUGCUGGAGCAGUUCCCGCACAGGAUGACGCGAAUGUCAUCCAUCAACGAACACCCGAAUCCAACAAGUACUGCGGCGGUAAAGAUGAACAUUGCUCCGCCAACGACCAGUGUUGCAGCAAACAAUGCACUUGGCGCCCUGGAGACCCUCAUAGGCGCUGUGAGGGAAGUUGA